GACACGACGCCAUUAACCGUACGCCCACCGACGCGUGCAUGGCACUCUCUGUCAGUUCUGCUGUUAUUCUGAAGCGAUUCGAGCAUUCGAAUCUUGGCGAACUCGGAGCGUGGAGGCAAUCCACGCCUGCACAAGAAAUUCGAUUGAGAUUGCGCGUUUCUCUUAGAAAACUUUGUGAAUAAUGGCGAUCUUGGAAUCUUGUUGGUCACCGUGCAUCUGGUCGAACAGCGUUAAGACCGGCUGCAAAGCUAUAGCGUUUUACACAGUGGCAAUUAGUAUAGUACUAAUUACGCUAAUAUGCUAUCAACUGGCUGGAGGAGACUCCACGCAGAUAUACAAUCCAUUGUUCGAGGCUGAUGUGAGAGGCUCCAUGCAAGUUGUUGGAGGCUUUCUCAUCUUUUAUCUGCUUCUGCUGAUUAUAAGCGCCCUAUUGCUGGUUUAUGGCGUAAGAGAAGGAGUUCGUGGAUGGUUACUACCAUGGCUCGUUGGAUGGUUCAUCGUCUGUUUGUUCCAGUUAGUCUUUGGAUUGUGGCUUUUAGGCGGUUACUAUAUCUACUUGGACUCUGUAUUCGCGACAUUAUGCAAUUGGCUUUGGAUGUCUUACAACAUUUACUGUUGGCUGGUUGUUUUGUCAAUGUAUCGAAUAUUCGCAAAACUGCAAUCUCCCAACAUUGAACUUUUGUGGCCUUGAAGGAAAGCACGAUAUAAGUACGUAAUACGUACGAGUACAUUAAUUAUCACCAAAGUAAGGGAGAAUCUCUAUUGAAAUUCGCUCGUAAGAGUCUGUACAAGAGUAUGCGAAUCUCUUUAAGGGAUAACGAAAACAGUUGUCAGCUCCUUUUAAUAUCUAUAUUAGAAAAAAAGUUGAACGAAUAGUUGAGGAAACAAGAUUUGCCUUUUCAUCGACUCUCACAUAUCACUAUAAUCUUCCUUACAUGUAGAGAUUUUUUUGUAACAUACUUUUGUGAUAUGAUAUAAAUAUACGCAUGCACUUUUCCAGUAGCGCUUUGAAAAAUUGUAGAAGCGAUUUUAGAUCAUACCGAGCAUGACGAGAUGGUUAAAAUAAUUUUAAUUAAGGCGUUAACGUACCUUUUUAUUCAAACGUCAAUAAUUUACAAUUAAUUAAUUAAACAACUAAUCGAUGAAAAGGUUUUUAUGUUAUAACGGAAGACUGAGAGAGGCCUUUUUCAAAAUAUCCGUCCAAAUCACUUAAGAAAAGUUAUUUGAGGACUUGAAAUCUCCUUUAAAGAGCUAAGUAAAUUUAUAAUAGUAUCACGUUCGAUGUGAGAAUAUACGUUAGGUCUUUUUACAUGACCACCAUUAUUGUAACAAUUUUAUAGAGAGAGAUUAUACAGUUUUUCUAGAAAUUAUUUUUUCUACGAAUUUGAUUGAAUAUACUCAUAAAUGUCAUUAUUUGAUAUAAAAAUAAAAGUACCUAUUUAUAUACCUAUCUAUGAGAACAAUGUAUAAUAAUAAAACAAAUUUUUUGUUA